UACACAGUAACCUGUGAAGUUGAGUUGUCUCGAUCCUCUGAAAUGACGUCACUUAUCCGCGGGAAUCUCUGAAAAGGUUGUCCAACUCAAGACCAAGACUAGACUAGUGUUCUGCCGAGUGAUCAUCAGUGACUGAACCAUGGCAGAGAGACCAGAAGACCUCAACCUACCUCUUUCAGUCAUCACAAGAAUUAUGAAAGAUGCAAUUCCUGAAGGUGUCAGUGUUUCCAAGGAAGCAAGGAAUGCAGUAUCGAAAGCUGCCAGUGUCUUUGUACUGUAUGCUACCUCAUGUGCCAAUACUCAUGCUUUGAAGAGCAAGAGGAAGACGUUGAAUGCUACAGAUGUAUUUGCUGCUUUAGAUGACAUGGAAUUCAGUGAAUUCACUGAACCUUUGAGGGCAAAUCUAGAAGUUUUCCGAGCAAGUCUGAAGAACAAGAAGGAGGCCUCUGAGCAGAGAAAGAAGAACAAAGAAGAACAAGAUACCAGCAAAGAAGAGGAAGAAGGAGAAGAAGGAGAAGAAGAUGAUGAGGAUGAUGAUGAGGAUGUCGAUGAUGAAGAUGACAUGGAUGAUGAUGAUGAUGAGGAUGAUGAUGGCGACGACGACGACGAUGUAGAGGAGGUAGAUGAUGGAGGUGAAGGAGCAGGUGAAGGAGCAGGGGAAGGAGCAGGGGAAGAAUUGGUUACAGUAGAAGAUGAAGAAGCAGAAAGCCCGGAGGUGGAAGAGAUCGUUGACAAAUGAGUGUUUACAAUGACUGUUUUUCUACUGGACUUCAAGAAGGAUUGGAGUUUGCUUCUGUAAAGACUUUGUUCACAUUUGAUCCCGUAGUCACACUACCAAACCGAUUCCAGACCGACUCCUGGGCCCCGUCUUAUAAAGAGUUGAUAUUAAUCGCAACUUAUUUGCGAUUGAUAUCAAUCGUAAUUAUGUACAUAGGAGACUGCAAACUUGCGAUUGAUUUGGAUCAAUGGCAACUGUUUAUAAGACAGGGCCCAGACCUAUUUCAACCUGAUCAGGAUUGAACCAUCAGAGGUAAUGUUAUCGUUUGUUGGGUUUCGUGUCGGUCUGGUUGGUGGGACUGUAAAACAAGGAAAAGUUAUGAUUAUUAUUGAUAUCGUCAUUGUUAUCACAAUCAUUAUUUAGUAGUCAGAAUGCAAAUUGCAUACAUUAGUUGUAAGAACAAAUAAACGCGUAAUGCAAUUUGCAUUCUGUCUAUGAAAAUGCAAUUAUUCGUAGCAGGUAAAUUAAAUAAUUCUUAACUAAGCACUUCACAAAACAUUACCGUAAAUUCAAUAACAUUACUAAAAUGGCCUAUUUACCCCUGCUGCCCGUACAAUGAUAAAUGUAGUGCGUUUCAUGUUUCUAUAUGUAUAUCUUGUAACACAGAUGAGUUGGUGUACACAAGGACCUUUUCAUAUGCACCCAUCUACUUUUUCCACCUCACUUGCCAUUCUUUUACAUUUACACAUAAAAUAACUUUUUAUUGUACCGCAGCAUAUUUUAAUAUUUUUUUUUAUUUCAGUUGUUUAACCCGUAGCAGUUCAGGGUUCUUUAAAGGCCCAAUGAAUCCACAUUUCCUCCUCAAAUUGGCAACAGUUAUAUAUACUUCCACUCUUUCAUACUGGUACUUUAAAGGGAGUAUGUCAUGACGAGACUAUGUGUCUUUCCCGUGGGCCUACUCGGGACCAAUCGGGUAUAAUCCGACUACGAACGACGCGACCGCAGCAUUCACGUGUGUGCAACAUACGCGAAACCAAAGCGUGAGGAGAAAUUCGGUCUGUUUCGCGAACGCUAGCGCACUGACCUAGUCCCUUCGUUUACGUGCAGUUGUCCGAAAGAAAACAUAGAUGCCGUUAACCAGUAUUUGCCAUGAUACACUCCCUUUCAGAAAUUUUUUUUUUUUAGUUUUAAAUACAGGAAAUUGCCAAUUUCUACACAAAAACGAUUAUAAAAAUUUCACUCUGUAUUGCCAAGUUAGAGACUGUAAUGAUUUUUUUUUUAUAAAAUAGCUCUUGUUGAUGUACUACUGCAUAAAAGGACUCAAAAUUUCCAGUGAUUUUUCACACUUUAUGCUCAUGUACAAUUUGUAAUUCAGAGUAUUCUGGAUCAAAAGAAAAGAUGAAAAUUAGAUGUCAUAAAAGAUGAGGCUAAACUACUAUGCGUUGAACUGCUACGUGUGAAGAAGACUUUCCCAUGCAGUAAGACAGAAAUCUAUUCUGGUGUAGCACUGUCAAAUCAUCCAAUCCCCCCCCCCCCCCCUUAAGAUCACUUACAGUGUACCAAUCACUUAAAACAAAUGAGUUGUGUAUUUGUAUAAUGCUAGAAUGUAUAAGAUCAACCACACAGAAUUCACUCUGCAUUCUGUGGGCUAGCAGAAUAACGGGUGUGAAGUAAAAUAAAGAAUUACGGUACAAAGAAUUUGACUUGCCCCACUCUAUGCAAGUGCGUACGCGUCUGUUAAGUAGGCUACUCAUCUCUUUGUACUGGAAACAUGUGAAGCUCAAAGUUUGACUACAGUAUAGCAAGAUGGAAUCCCUUUGCGACUGCAGAAAAUAAUGUACAUGUAUGUACAUUGUAUGUAUAUGACUAUGUAAAUAGUUGGUUGUAAUGAGAACUUUUUGUAGAAAAAAAUGCUGGAAAUAUUAUAUUUAAUUGAUAUCUCCCAUA